ACUUUGCUUCAGUAGCUGGAGAUAAACAAAAGGGCAUUGAAAUUUUCGUUCCUUUGGAAGUCUCUGUUGGCAGCUUCAAGAGUUGCCUUUCACUCUGUCUAGUGCUCAACCUUGUGGAAUUGAGGAACAUUCAUGAAUCUUCAGAGACAUUUUUGAAGUUUAUCAUGUCUGCUCCAGUAUCUCAUAAACCUGGAAAGUCUUUGUUGACAGACAGAAAUGGGGGUGGUUCUUUAAAAGCGACACAAGAAGGCAUAUCAUGCAGAGAAGGCAGCAGCAGUGAUGGAAGGAAGUCAGUCAGAAGUGAGGAUCCCGAUUAUGUUUAUCCUGUGGAUACAGAUUCACUUAAUGAGGAUUCAGAAGGAGAAUCUGAGGAAGGAAAAGAGGGUACAAGUGUUCAGAAGUCAUUCAGUUAUGAAGCACUCAUCUAUGCAAACCAUGCUGGUGGAUUAUUUUGUUCAAAUACAAGCGGCAGCAGCAGUGACGAGGAUUUAGUCCACUACAACCAUCAUAUUUCAGACACAAGGCACAAGUACCCUGAGGAUACAACUGCAGCAAAUCAAUCUGCAGAGCAGAGUUCAAAACGUAGUCUUCUUUCCUGGAGUAAGAGAAAGGUGAGUUUCAAAUCUCCUAAAACCAAGGGGGAGCCAUUGUUGAAGAAACAUUAUGGAGAGCAUGAUAGAGACGAUAUAGACUUUGAUCGCCGAAAGCUUUGCUUAUCCGACGAGUCUUCUUCUAGGGGGCACAAAUCCGAGGAAACUUCUCCGAUUUCAGUCUCUGAGUUUGGAGAUGAAAGUUUUGUUGUGGGUAGUUGGGAGCAGAAAGAAAUAAUAAGCCCUGAUGGACAAAUGAAGCUGCAUAUCAGAUCUUCUUUGCUUCGAUUGAUCAACGAAGUGAAUGAGCUGCUGGUGAAAGCGUUUGUACAGCCUUGGUUACUAUCAUAG